AUGCUGGACCAGACCGUGCUGGACCAGACCGUGCUGGACCAGACCGUGCUGGACCAGACCGUGCUGGACCAGACCGUGCUGGACCAGACCGUGCUGGACCAGACCGUGCUGGACCAGACCGUGCUGGACCAGACCGUGCUGGACCAGACCGUGCUGGACCAGACCGUGCUGGACCAGACCGUGCUGGACCAGACCAUGCUGGGCCAGACCGUGCUGGACCAGACCGUGCUGGACCAGACCGUGCUAGACCAGACCGUGCUGGACCAGACCGUGCUAGACCGUGCUGGACCAGACCGUGCUGGACCAGACCGUGCUGGACCAGACCGUGCUGGACCAGACCGUGCUGGACCAGACCGUGCCGGACCAGACCGUGCCGGACCCGACCGUGCUGGACCAGACCGUGCUGGACCAGACCGUGCCGGACCAGACCGUGCCGGACCCGACCGUGCUGGACCAGACCGUGCUGGACCAGACUGUGCUGGACCAGACCGUGCUGGACCAGACCGUGCUGGACCAGACUGUGCUGGACCAGACCGUGCUGGACCAGACCGUGCUGGACCAGACCGUGCUGGACCAGACCGUGCCGGACCAGACCGUGCCGGACCAGACCGUGCUGGACCAGACCGUGCCGGACCAGACCGUGCUGGACCAGACCGUGCUGGACCAGACCGUGCUGGACCAGACCGUGCUGGACCAGACCGUGCUGGACCAGACCGUGCUGGACCAGACCGUGCUGGACCAGACCAUGCUGGACCAGACCAUGCUGGACCAGACCAUGCUGGACUAGACCGUGCUGGACCAGACCGUGCUGGACCAGACCGUGCCUGCCACAAGCACGGCUGUCAUAUUAAUAUCAUCAAUAUGACCAUACAGGAGUAA